AUGUUUUCAUGGAGCAUAGCCAAAAUUUCAGCGGAAGCGAAACGAAUUGCAGCAGUGGGUGAGCGUUCAUUCAAUGACCAGUUGGCAGCAGCAUCACGAUCAACGAUGUAUCAGAACGGUAUUUCGGUGAGUAUUGUGGAAGAAGGUGCAACCUCAGAAGUGGAACCCAAAAAGCUUGUGCCAUGGUUACAUGGCAGUCAGAGAGAUGAACAAACGGCGAGUCCUCUGGCUGCAUCUCCUGAACAUCCUGCGGAUCUGAAUGAACCUCAAGAACCAACCAAAAAUGAUAUCGACAGUCUGCGUCUUUUUGCCUUAAAAUUUGAGACAAAACCGCCGGAAACACUAACUGCAGAGGAGAAUGCCGAAGAACCGGUAGCUGAGCCAGUAAGCAUGGAAAGUGACGAUGAUGAAGUGAUCUACGUGGCCGGAAAGAGA